AUGCCUGAUCGAUCACGCCAUCCCUCUCAUCAUGAGGCGUUGAUUAGCAGCAAAUACGAGAAGGCCUUAUCUAUAGUGCAACAGCUAACAGCAUCGUCCGGAAUCCAGCCUUCACGGGAACAAAAGCUCCAGCUUUAUGCUUGCUAUAAGCAAGUCAACGGCGAUGUGAAUACGCCUAGACCAGGACUUUUUGAUGUCAUUGGCAGGGCAAAGUGGGAUUCAUGGAGAAGUUUAGCCGGUACCAAGCCGCUAGCAGCCAAAGAGAAGUAUGUCAACAUUUUACUUCAGGUUGCAUCCGAGGUAAGUGUCGAAAACUGUUUGAAUUAG